AUGUAUAAUUUUAAUUGCAGGGUCGUUCCAAAGAACUACCAGCAUGUUCUGGCCUUGGUGUUUGCUGUCAAUGAGCUCAAUGAGAACCCUCAGAUAUUGCCCAAUGUCACAUUGGGAUUCCACAUCCAUGACAGCUACUUCAGUGAAAGGAUGACCUACUGGGCCACUCUGGACAUACUCUCCACAUCCUAUAGAUUUGUACCCAACUACCAGUGUGACAUACAGAAAAAUCUGAUGGCAAUCAUUGGGGGACUUGACUUUGAAACUUCCCUGCACAUGGCAGCCAUCUUAACAGGCUACAAGAUUCCCCAGCUCAGUUAUGGCUCCUUUGCCCCAGAGGAUGCUGAUCAAAGCCAGUCCACUCCCUUCUACCGGAUGGUGCCCAAUGAAGCCCAUCAGUACACUGGGAUUCUUGAGUUACUUCUGCAGUUUGGAUGGACGUGGGUUGGGUUGCUCACGGUGGAUAGUGAGAGUGGAGAGAAGUUUAUGGAAAUCCUGCAAACUCUGCUUUCCCAGAGAGGCAUUUGCUUGGCCUUUUCAGAGAGAACUCCAAAAGGCACAUAUUUGGAAGAGUAUUACAACUUGCUUUCCCAGUGGCUCCAAGCCUAUCUCAUUAUUGCGGAAAGCAAAGCCAAUACUGUCAUUGUCUAUGGAGAAGACAAGUCCAUGUUUUAUUUGCAAUUAUUGCUAGCGGCAGGGGAAGCGGAAAAUGUGACAUCUUUGGCCAAGGUAUGGAUUAUGACUGCUCAACUGGAUUUCUCAGCAGUGGCCUUUCGAACGAGCCAGGAUAUGCAACCAUUUCAUGGCUCCAUAUGCUUCACAGUGCACUCAAAUGAGGUGCAAGGAUUCAAGACCCUUCUUCGCUCCCUAAAUCCUUUCAUGGCAGGUGAAGAUGGUUUUCUUCAGCAGUUCUGGCAACAGACAUUCCAUUGUUCCUUUCCAAAUUCCAUUGCUGAGUUCAGUGAAACCUGCACUGGACAGGAGAAGCUGGACAGCCUCCCCUCGUCUGGCUUUGAGAUGAGCAUGACUGGCCACAGCUACAGCAUCUACAAUGCUGUCUAUGUUGUGGCACAUGCUCUUCAUGCCAUGUUCCAGUCCUGGUCGAAAGACAGAGGAAUUGUGAGAAGAUGGAGACCGCAGCUUCAGAAAUUGCAGCCUUGGCAGCUGCCACCCCUCUCUCAAUGCAACAAAAAUUGCCCUUCUGGUACUAGAAGAAAAAAGAAGGAAGGGGAGAAAUUCUGCUGCUAUGACUGUACUCCAUGUUCAGAAGGCAAGAUUUCAUACCAGAAAGGUAGGAAACAUUAGGUAGCUUUCAGAUAUGUGUCAUAUUAGAUUUCCUGUGAAGGGUCUGUGGCAGUGUGAAAGGUGUCACAAUUGCUGCUAUUGAUGUAGUUCUGAUUUCCAUGGUCAUUGAAGUUCA